AUGGCUACAUCAAAUUUAACUAUUCAUAAUUUAUCGAAAGAUAGAAAUUCAGCAAAGGUUAUUUAUUCUAAACCACCUGAUUAUGCAGUUCUUUAUCCUAAACCACCUAAUUAUACAGUUCAAUCUGCAGAACCAGUCAAUUGUUCAAAUACUCAUAGUCAAAUUCAUCAACCUCAAUCAACGUAUAAUAUAAAUUCUUCAUCAUCCUCUACCAAUCUCAAUCAAAAUAUAAUUCAGUCAGCAAAUGAAAUUAGUAGUUACAAAACUUGGUCUAUUAUAAAUAUUUUCUGUUGUUGCAAUAUAUGUUUUGGUUGCCUUGCUUUAUAUUAUUCAAUCGAGACAAAAUAUUUAAAAAACGAAGGUCUUAUGCAAGAUGCAUUAAAAACUUCACUGGUAGCUCGUAAUAUCAAUAUAGUUGCUACGAUGACGGACUAUUUCAAAUUAUUAUUUAUUGAUAUAACUUUAUAA